AUGAAAGCACCCAAGCUCAAACACUCGCCGACUUCAUCCAACAUCUGUAUCGGCCCGAGCCUCUCUGUAUCCAUUCAAACCCCUUGCACCACCGCAACCGCCCAUACGUACCCGGCAAAGAUUCUCGCCUGCGUCGCAUGUCGCAAUAGUAAAGUGAAAUGCAUCUCGGAUGGCCCAGAGCAGUGCAAACGAUGUCUCGAUCACGGCCUCACCUGUAUCCGCCCAGAGUAUCAGCGUCUCAAGAAGGCAAAGGCAAAGCUGGCGCGCUUUCAACAGCAGGCCAAUCUGACAGGAGACCAGCAAAAUGCCAGCCAUCCCGCUGCGGAUGGGCACCAAGACGAAACAGACGAGCUGCUACCUGACGAGCCCAUGCUGCCUCAGGAAUCAACCACCACGCUUUUUAGCAAUGCAUCCUACGGUAGAUCGUCGCAGCUCUUGCACAACCUGCAUAGCGUUCGCGCCGAUGUUCGUCCCGAUUGGGAUCCCGUAUCUGCUGGUAUAAUGGAUGUCGAGACAAGCAAAGUGCUUUUCGACACUUUCAUGGUCAAACUCGAAGCGCUCCUUUCAUUCUUCGAUCCGCGGAUUCACACCUUCCAGUACAUCCGCAAUCAUUCCAGUCUCCUCUUCACCACCAUGUGCUGGCUCGCUGCCACCGUCUCUGACUUUCCUACAGCGGCUCGCGUCAUGGUAGACCUCAAAGCUCACAUCGACAAUGUGCUCCUUCCUGCCAUUUACUGCCAGAAUCUUCGGUCCGUUGAGAUCGUCCAGGGUUUCCUCAUGCUUGCUGCUUACCUUCGUCCCACACAGAAUCCGUCUGACGAUCGUUCGUGGACACUUCUUGGUCACGCCAUUCGUGUUGCUACUGAUCUGGAUAUGCAUUCGCGCGUUCUGUCCACAUCUCAAUCGCACCAACCUCUGUCUGCUUCCACCCCCGCCAGCGGUUCUCACAGCGAGUCCACUACACUGCGAGAAGCUUCACAGAGUAAAGAAGCUCAGAAGCAGCACGAUAUCUUGCAUCAACGCAAUCGCAAGCGCGCAUGGAUGCACAUUUGGCUUCACGAAGCCUCCUCCUCGCAGUACACUGGUCGAGUGUCUCUCCUCUCCAAGGAUCCCAUUGUCGAGUCUUCUCGUGGCUGGCAUCUGCAUCCCGACGCGCUGCAUACAGAUGUUGUCUUUGUGGCCCUGAUCGAGCUUCGCUCCCAGCUCUCGCAGAACAAGGAGCUAUUCCGUCUGCUCAGCAGUCGCUCCGCACACAGCUCCGGCGACCAAGAUCAUAAAAUGAGCCAGGCAUCAACAGCAGCACAGGCAGACUCUUCGUGGAUUCGACACUUCCUGGACCGAUCUCAUCGAGACCUGUCUUCGUGGGAAGAGAGGUGGGUCAUCAACCCUUCGCAUUCGACAAGUUAUCCUCGGCCACUCCGAUUCGAGCUCGGCACGCUCUAUAUUUGCUAUGCUCGCAUGCAGCUGCUCUCGCUGCCCCUUCAGUGGCCCACACUUCAACCGUCGAUGGCAACUCGCAUAGUUUCGGACCUGCACUCUGUUUCGAUCAAAUAUCUAGAAGACUUUCUGGAUCGAACUUCGCCCGAGCGCCUCGCUCACUCCUAUAACUCGAUCUGCGUUACCGCCACCUAUGCCGUUGUCAUCGCGCUCAAGCUCACCAAGCUUGCCCAAGCUUACUCGUUUAUCCACUCGGCCAAGAUAGUCAGGCUUGUUACCUGCGUGUCCGACUAUUUACGAAAGGCGGGAAACUGGACUCGGCAUCAAAACGGUUCCAGCUUGUCUUAUGCCAAGUACAUUGACCAGCUUCUGAACAUGGAAAGCACUCUACAGGCGGGCCAAGGCAAUGCGGCCAUACCAGUGGCAGGUUGCACCUCUUCAGUUGACGACCGCACCGCCGCUGGUGACAUCCAUGCUAAUGGGCUCUCAAACGGCCACAUGCAACGAAGGUCUGUCUCGAUCCAGGGAGGACCAGCUCAACAAUCGGUAGACCUAUGCCUGCCGCCCUUGUUAGACCGAUCUACGCCUACAGACCAGCCUACCUCACUUCAGCGUGGUUGUUCCAAGAAUUCGAAUCCGCUGAGCUCACCACGAGCUAUUUACAGCGCAGAACCUGUCUCUGAGACUGUGCUGCACCCUCGCGUUUCUUCCAGUCCUCAUCCAUCCAGCACCGUCGUACCCGUGACUACUACUCCCUCAUCGCAUUUCUCGGCGCCCCCAGGACUAGAGCCCACUAUUCCUGUCGCAGCAGGUCCCGAUAGCUUCACUUUUGCGACGGCGCCCGGCUUUGAGGCUGGCCACCUGCAAUGGAGCUCACUCGCCAACGACCCAGAGCUCUUUGCCUGGGCCAGAUCUUUCCUUAACGAUGAGCUCGACUUCACCAUGUCAGGUGCCUCUUUCAGCUGA